CCUGCAGGCCAGGGCCUGGCCAGUGCGGGAGGCUGUGACUUCCUGGUUUCUUUGCUUUGCCACUGGCCGGCUGUCCAUUGGAGCAGAACCUCCUCCUGUCCUGCCUGCCUCUACACAGCCACCUUAGGGGUAAGGGAAAUAUAGCCAGGAGGAAGGGGAGUGGGACAGAGCUCUGAGGUGUGAUGGCCUGUAGAGCGCCCUUAAAGUGAACAGGGCCAAGCAGUCUAUGCAGUGGCUACCUGUGGGGUGGGGGCCACACCCGAAUGCCUGCUUGUCUUCUCUGUACCCCUCCCCUAUUCCCACCCAGGCUUUCCACAACGAGGUGAGGUGGGAGAAGGCUCUGUUCGAAGGACUAGUCACCUCUAACAGGGCAUGGCACAGGCUGGUGGGCUACAGCAGCCCAGCGCUGCCUCCAGCCAGCCCUAUGUGUGCAAACUGGUUCUCCUUGGAAGCGGCUCUGUGGGCAAGUCCAGCCUGGCCCUCCGGUGCGUUCUUCACGAAGGUGGUGGAUUUGGGAGCCUCGUCUCUGAAGCUUGAGAUCUGGGACACGGCUGGCCAGGAGAAGUACCACAGCGUCUGCCACCUCUAUUUCAGGGGUGCCAACGCGGCUCUCUUAGUGUAUGACAUCACCCAGGAGGAUUCCUUCCACAAGGCCCAGCAGUGGCUGGAGGACCUGGAGAAGGAGUUCUCCCCAGGAGAGGUCAUAGUGAUGCUGGUUGGCAACAAGACGGACCUCGGCGAGGAGCGAGAGGUGACCUUCCAGGAAGGGAAGGAGUUUGCAGAGAGCAGAAGCCUGCUGUUCAUGGAAACCUCGGCCAAGCUGAACUACCAGGUGUCUGAGGUCUUCGGCACUGUUGCCCGGGAGCUACUGAAGAAAGCAGGAGACCAGGGGAGCAGGCAGGGGGGCGAAGCUGUUGUUCUGACCCAGGGGCCUGCUGCCAGGCAGGGCAAGUGCUGUAUCCGAUAGAUGCCGCCACCACAGGAGGGCGAGGGGAGGACAUCCCAGCCGUGCCUCAGAGUCCCCAGCCUGGGUUGCUCCUUUAGCAGAGGCCUGUCAGCUCUAUUCAUCUGUGUUCUCUGUUGAUACCGGAUUGUGCCGAGUCCUGGAGGCUUCCAGAAGUUGGCAUCCUUCAUAAGCACUUCCCAACGCCUGUGGAACUGUCAGGGAGAAUCCAGUGCCAAACGACUCCCAGUAGACCAUUGGCCCCAUCUUAUCCGAUAGAUACUUUCUCAUUCCUGGAUGCCCUGGGCCAGGCGUGCCUGCUCUACCAGGGCUGUCCCUGUCAGCUGCCUCACCAACAGAGGAAUUAAUGAGGCUGAACAGAAGCAAGGACUUGAAAAAAAUCCUUUGAUCUCUGUGAUGGGUGGACUGAUGUUCCAGCCUGGGCUGUGUGGGCAGCUGGUCCUUGGGGGCUGGACUGCAUUACUUCUAGAAGGAGGAAGCAGGGGCUGAUGGGGGCAUCAGUGCCAGGAAGAAAUGGAGUCAUGAGCUCAUGGUGUGUGGGUCUCAGUGAGGUCACCCUGGGAGCGGAGUUUGACAGGGCAGCUGGGGUGGAGCACCGGCUCCCCACUCCAGGUGUGGGUAGACACAGUCAGGCUUCUGUCCAGUGCCACAGGGACUCUGAGCCUUCUGUCCUAAGGUAAAUGUUGUACCGUCUCCAAGUCUUUUCCUUUAAAAAUUAAACUUGUUGACAAUCUGA